CAACACCUUUACCGCAGCAGGUAGUCGGAUAUGGAACUGACAACAAGCAUCUAUCAGCUUGCAGUGGUCCUGGCUGUAGCGUCCGUGGACGGAUCUGUUAAUGAACUCAACCAUGAAUUACCCGAGAAAGGUGUAUUGAAUCUAGCAGAUAUGUUACAGGACUAUAAAACUAUUUCAAAGAGAUCCUUAAAAAACGAAUCAUACUUAACUGAAGAGGAACUAAUCAAUGAAGGAUACACCGAUAUUAAGCACUGUUGCGGCGACCCGUCGGUCAAAUAUUUUGAUGGGAGAGAAGAACAUCAGAAAUUUAAGGAUGUAGUGGACUUAAUGAGGAGAUGUGAUGAACAAGAGGAAAAAAAACAUCCAAUAUCGAAAAUAAAUGUGGAUUCAAUAGAUACUCAGCUUUCCUACGAACAAAUGAAACUGGCCAUAAAACGACGCCAAUGCAUUUAUCAUUGUGUUAUGAAGGAGUCUGGGGCGUUGUUAGAAGAUGGUACAGUGAACAUAGAUAGAGCGAUGACUAUAUUGGCGUCAUCUAUAAUAUCCAAAUGGCUGAAAGAGAUUAUAAGAACUGCUUUAGAAAACUGUGUUCAGGUCGAAGAAGGUGCUCCAAGAGAAAGAGAAUAUUCUGAAUGCAGCAUGCGUGCUACGAACCUUAUUGUCUGUACAUGGAGGGAUGUGUUAUUGCAUUGUCCAGAACAAUAUAUUUUUAAAAGUCAAUCUUGUUUAAGAUCCAUCAGUCUUUUGAAAAAUGAAAGUCCUGAAGGAAUAAAUGCUUUCAGCUUCAAAUCUUUAGAAAAAUGAACUGCACUAAAAAUAUUAAAAUAUGUCUAUUUGAA